AUGAUCCUCGCUAGUGCCUAUGCAAGCGGAUCUCUCGCCGGCACCCUUGAGAUCAUUGAUAUUGAUGGUCAAUGCGCGAUAUGGUCCUAUGACAACCAUGGCUGCACGGGAUCUUCGGAAUUCUUUAGCAAACUUGACGGGGAUGACUGUUCAAUUGCAUGGAUUGAGGUGGAACAUACUGGCCUGGUCAGCUUCUUCAAUUACCAAGGCGACAAGUCGGCAUGUACAUUGGACAACGGACUCAAGCAUGGCAGCCGAUGUAUUGCUACUGACACGAUAUCCUCCACCAAGGCGUCCUCCGCUUUGACGACACCGAGGUCUUCGUCAUCAAUCUCGGAGUCAUCGUCGACUACCUCCCAGACCGCACCUUCUUCUGAUUGUUUCGCGGAUUGA